UUGCAGUUUAAAAAAAAAAUUAAAAAAAUGAAGUGCCAUUACUCUCUUUCCAAAGUGUUUACUUUAAUAGUGGUAGUUUUUUUUGGACAAAAUGUUGUUAUUGUGGAUUUUUUUUUCUUCCCCUCUCCCGAUUAGCGAUAGAACACUGAAGAUUUGACUGAACACAUUAUUAAAACAUCAUAGACAAGUCGCAGGAUUUUCCAAAGGCAGUAAAAAAUUGUUUUUCCAGAUCAGAAACUGAUAAAUAACAGUGCACUUGCAUUAGGCCUACAGAGGCAAGGGAAGAAAUAAAGAAAGAAAUAUCAAUUAUCAAAAUAAAAUGUAGAUCGAAUUCUACUGGGGAUCGAAGCAAUUUGAUUUGGCCUAACGUGUACCCGAGAUGUUUCCUUUUUCUAUACUUUUGAUGCGCGCCCACCAUCGGGCGGAAUUAGGGCGGGUCUAGGCGGAAUUAGGCAAGGAAAAUGCCUCACGCAGACGGCGCGCUACGGACAAUCGCUUAUGAUUUCGGGCGUAAGAAUGGCAUAGCUAGAUUUGCUAGAAUUUCGGCAACAAAUUGGUAUACAUUAGCGCCUGUAUAAUUCAUUUCCAGAGAAGUUACCUGAGAAAAACUGCCCAUCGGGCGGAAACCGGGCAGGGUACGGUACGUGUGUGCGAUCGAUCGAGAGCUAGAUAGCUAGCUGAUUAGAUUUAGAAGUUAGAGAAAGUAGAAAGACUCCGCAGAGCUCAGAGCAAACAAACUGAUAGAAAGUAUGAAUAUUUGCUCAUUAAUCUUCAUUCUGUCUGUGAUGUGUCAUGAUGUCACUGGAUGUGGGAUCACAACCCAUAUAGAAAUAGCCCACAGAGCAACACAAUAUUUCAGGGAUACAAGAGGAAGCAUCGAUUACAAGCAGCUGAUUUUAGACAAUCAAGAUGCCUUCCAAGCUGGCAACCCUUACCCAGAUGCCUACUAUGAUACUAUUUGCCAAGGAGGCAAGUUCCACAGUGUAUCGGAGGACACCCACUGGGCCCCUUUCCUGACCACCACCAUCCAGUAUAUCAGGGAUCACUACCCACAGCCAUGGAGUCAGGACGCCAAGAAGCUUGUGGUGUUCUUGUUGGGGUUUGCUUCUCACCAGGUAGCUGAUGUAUCCUGGCACAGCUUGGGCAUUGACCAGGGAUUCCUCACAACAAUGGGAGAUAUCAACUUUUUUGGUUCUUUCCCUGAUGCCCACAGUGUAGGUGAUGAAGGAGGAGAUGUUUUAUCUGAAGCAGAACUGGAUUUACAGUACAUUGAUACUUUGACAAACUGGUAUGUUCCAGUCAAGGACUUGUAUGAAAUAUAUAAGAUAUAUUACAACAACACAGUCAUAUUGCAAGAGGAUGUCAUCGUAGAAUGCACAGCAAUUUUGUUCCUUGCCAGGUUAGGAGAAAAGUUGGCACUUUCCAAGCUCUACAUGGACUACUCUUCUAAGUCGCCUUUCAUGGUGGAGGAGUUUGAGUCCUAUUUCCUUGGGGGUGUAGAUGACAUGGCAUCGUGGAGUCAGAGAUUGUGGCAUGAUACCAUUGAUAUGCUGGAGAACGGAACUGAUGUUUGUGAUGUACCCAAUAACCCCAUCUACAUCAACUGCUCCCGGAUUACGGCAUCCACCAAGCCCCUGCCACCAGGGAGAAGGAAGACACCACUGCAAGGUCUCCGGAGCAAGAUCAACCUCCAUGGCUUGGACAAGCAGGACGUAAAGGUCACUUCGUCAACCAGAGGGGUUUAUCUGUCACCUGCCGAUUCGGUCAAGGAACAGCUGCAGACCAUCAGUGAGAGAGUCAGAGAAAAGGAAAGGAGAAUCAAAUCUCUUUCAGGAAAGGAUGAGAGACCAACAUCAACCUUCCAUGUCGGAGAUCCUUACGCAAGGCUUGGACAGAGCAUGACAAAAUCAGAGCAUUACGGAACCAAAACCGAGGACCUGAUCUUAGGAGCGCCUGGAUAUGGCAAGGAAGGCCAGGCCCAGACCGGACGGGUGUACGUCAUCUAUGGAACUAACCAGGUCUUACAUAAUGGGUCACAUGACUUGGAUAAGGAGGCUGAUGUCAUUCUUCAAGGUUUCAACGAAGGAGAUAAAUUUGGUACUGAUGUAGCAGCCCUGGACAUCAAUCUGGAUGGUAUCAUGGACAUUGCUGUUAGUGCACCAUCAGUGGGAUCCAGGAACUUAACAUAC